AUGCUCCUGCUCAUAGGACAAGCCAGAGGCCACACAAAGAGGAUGGAUCUGCCCCUCAUCAAUGGGUACAACAGGAACAGACUCAACGCUUCCCGGGAAAUCGCCCCAGUGUCCCCCCCGAACUGCCGGCUCAUUAAAGGCAUCGAAACCGGUUCAGAAGACAUCGACAUCCUUCCCAAUGGACUGGCUUUCAUCAGCUCCGGCCUAAAAUACCCAGGAAUAAAGAGCCUCGCACCGGACAAGCCAGGCGAAAUAUUUUUGAUGGAUUUGAACGAGGACAACCCCAGAGCAGUGGAACUGAGGAUCAGCCGAGGGUUUGAUCUGGCGUCGUUUAACCCGCAUGGAAUCAGCACCUACGUAGACAGAGACAACACCGUGUACCUCUUUGUUGUGAAUCAUCCCCAUCAGAAGAGCACAGUAGAAGUGUUUAAAUUUGUAGAAGAUGACAAUUCUCUCGUACACCUGAAAACCAUUCGACACGACCUUCUGACCAGUGUGAAUGAUAUAGUAGCUAUGGGACCCGACAGCUUUUGGGGGAACAGACUCAACGCUUCCCGGGAAAUCGCCCCAGUGUCCCCCCCGAACUGCCGGCUCAUUAAAGGCAUCGAAACUGGUUCAGAAGACAUCGACAUCCUUCCCAAUGGACUGGCUUUCAUCAGCUCCGGCCUAAAAUACCCAGGAAUAAAGAGCCUCGCACCGGACAAGCCAGGCGAAAUAUUUUUGAUGGAUUUGAACAAGGACAACCCCAGAGCAGUGGAACUGAGGAUCAGCCGAGGGUUUGAUCUGGCGUCGUUUAACCCGCAUGGAAUCAGCACCUACGUGGACAGAGACAACACCGUGUACCUCUUUGUUGUGAAUCAUCCCCAUCAGAAGAGCACAGUAGAAGUGUUUAAAUUUGUAGAAGAUGACAAUUCUCUCGUACACCUGAAAACCAUUCGACACGACCUUCUGACCAGUGUGAAUGAUAUAGUAGCUAUGGGACCCGACAGCUUUUAUGCUACCAAUGACCACUACUUCUCUGACUUCAUCUUGAUGUUCCUGGAGAUGUUCUUGGGUUUGACUUGGUCAAACGUUGUUUACUACAGUCCAAAAGAAGUGAAAGAAGUAGCAGCUGGGUUUUAUUCAGCCAACGGAAUCAACAUUUCACCCGACAAAAAGUACAUCUAUGUUGCAGAUGUAUUUGAUCAUAACAUCCAUGUUAUGGAAAAACAUGCUAACUGGAAUUUAACCCACGUGAAGGCACUGCAGCUGGACACUCUGGUUGACAACCUGUCUAUUGACCCUCAGACUGGAGAUAUCUGGACAGGGUGUCAUCCCAAUGGGUUGAAGCUGUUCUACAAUGAUCCUGAAAAUCUGCCUGCCUCUGAGGUCCUGCGCAUCCAGAACAUCCUCUCGGAGGAGCCGGUGGUGACCCGCGUCUACGCCGACAACGGCUCUGUGCUGCAGGGGACCUCGGUGGCAUCCGUCUACCAGGGGCAGCUGCUCAUCGGCACCGUCUUCCACAGAGCUCUCCACUGCCAGCUAUAGCUCCUCCGGCGGGUAAGGCCUGCUGCCCUGGAAGGGGUUGGAUCCCUUGGCAACGCGCUUCGUUUCCACUAGAUUUCCUAACGACAGGACUGUUCCAGUAGAGGUGAGCUUGACUCAUGGAAACCUAGCGUAGCCUUCCUCUCCCAAACGAGAGUCUCAUGCCAUAGUAAAGGAAAUGGAACCGAAGGUGAGAAAUUAGUUAAUCUGUGUGUGGCGGAGGACCCUGUGUCAGCAGCAGAGGGUAACCGUGACGUUCAAAUGCGGAUUACAGAUGACUAAGAUGUCAGACACUGAAUUAUCUGUUGCAACUGGAUUUCUGCUGUUUGUUUUUGUUUUCCCCUGAAGAAAAAUGGUUUUGUAAAAGAGAAUUGCUAACUGCCAGCGUGGUGUGUGCUUUCUUGUCAACAGCCUUUUGGCUUCCCCAGGGAUUGUGCGAAGGGCUCUUCUUCUGAACCUUCCUGUUGGCUUUUCCUGGCACUUCUAAAAUAAGUGGAAGGAGAAUAAAUGUUAUUUCAGUCUCA